AUGGCGACCCCUGUGAAAACGGUCGUGGAAGAGAACGAAGGAGAUGAAGCGAAGGAGAAGCUUCUAGAAGGCAAUCAAGUGUUGGUCGUGCCGGCGGCCGCGCAUAAUCAAGAUGGCGGAUUGGCGGCUGUCAAGUCUUCGAAAAAAGUGAAGUUACCGGAGGACUCGAAUGCGGUAUGCGGCGGCCGGUUCACGAUCGGUCCGGCGCCGGAGCGGGACUGGGAGAUGGUGCCACCUGACGGAAAGUGGGGAUGGUGCGUUCUCGUAGGUGCGACGCUAGUGAACAUCUUAAUUCCUGGUACGAUCAAAUCGUUUGGCGUCCUCCUAGUGGAGUUCAAUGAUGUAUUCCAGUCCAGCGCGUCUGCAUCAUCAGGCAUCGUGGCGCUGUGUUACUUCUUGUACAGCAGUUUAGGUCCUUUAUCGUCGAUAUUGUCAGUGAAAUGGUCGUACCGUACGGUGACGCUCAUCGGCGGCAGUUUCGCUGCGUUCGGGAUGAUAUUCAGCAGCUGUGCGUUUUCUAUAACUUAUUUGUACUUCAGUUUCGGUGCAAUGGUGGGCACGGGCGCUGGUCUAGCCUUCCCACCUACGGUGUACAUAGUGACGUCAUACUUCGUCCGGCUAAGAGGGCUGGCCAACGGGAUCUGUAUGUCGGGCAGUGCAUUCGGCAGUAUUAUACUACCGCCCGUACUUAGGUAUCUGCUAGAAGAAUAUGGGUACAAAGGCGCAGUCCUAAUCCUCGGCGGGAUAAUGCUCAACGUAUGGGCAGCUGCGUUACUCUUCCAACCAGUUGAAGAACAUAUGGUUAGGAAGUAUAAAGAACCAGAGGAAGAUGAAGACGGUCCACAGUUGGAACCCUUUAUAGAAGAAGAUUCUGGUGAUUUGGAAGAUACAGAACACCCCAAGUUAACCUUGACUCCGGAUGAGGCGACCCCUAAUGACAAACACAUCAACGGGUCCCCACCAAUUUUCAAAAAUCAAUCUCACGUUGCGUUGGAAGAAAAUCCGAAACAGGAUUUUGCGAGAUCAGCCAGCGCAGUGCAGGUGAUGUCCAGAGAUGGCGAUCGCACCAGGAAACCAACUCCAGUGUCUUCGAGACAUGGUCUACAGAAUAUAUCAAGCAAAAGUCAUUUGCCCAGCAAUCCUUCUCUACUAGAAUCUGUCCCUGAAGGCCGUAGCCGUGUGAAUUCACAAGAAGCGUUUGGCAAAAAACUAGGAGUCCCAAAAACGCCUAAACGCAGUCCAUCUACCUCUAGUUUUCAAUACAUGUCUACGCCUUUCCACGGUUCAACAUUAUCAGCUUUUGAAAAACCAAGCGAAUUCGCCUCCCAAUUCAGUUUAAAAUCUGUAACAGAUAGUUUAGCCCCCAUAACUUAUUGUUGUGGUUGUAAAAAGAAGAGCAAGGAAGAUGACGCCAAAAAGGAACCUAGCAAGUAUUUUGAUAUACAAUUACUCAAAGAUCCUAUAUAUUUAGUCAUUCUUAUAUCUAAUUGUACUUGCGCGAUUUCGUAUACAAAUUUUAUAAUCUUAGUACCAUCUUACGCUAAGGAAUGUGGCUUUGAUAAAUCGCUUGGAGCGUAUUUACUCUCAAUUAUAUCUGCUCUAGAUUUGGUCGGCCGAAUCGGCGGUUCGGCGUUAUCCGAUUUGGUUCUCACUCCAAAACGAUAUUUCUUUAUUUUUGGUCUCUUACUUUCUGGUAUAAGUUUGUCCGUGAUACCGUUAGUUUCGAGCUAUUCUGCUAUAAGCGCUUUCUGUUCUAUAUUCGGUAUAGCUUCUGGGAUUAACGUUGGGGUAACAGCGUUGGUCAUGACUGAAAUGUUAGGUACGGAACGACUGAUGUCGUCAUACGGGAUUAGUCUCUUUGUAAACGGCAUUUUACAGUUAAUAGGGCCCCCUAUAUGUGGAUUCUGGUUCGAGUAUACAAAGUCCUAUAAAUCAUUAUUUGUUACAUUAGGGUUCGUCCUAAUUUUCGGCGCUGCUUUAUGGGGUUUCGUACCUUUAAUACAUAGGAGAAGGCGUUUAGCCCAAACGAAUAAAGAAGGUACAGAUAAAGCGUAG